AUGAAAUCAGGCGCCGCGAUUCUUAAUGCCGUCCGCGAUAAAAUGCAGAGCAUCCCUGUUCAUGCAUUUCUUGUACCUAGCAGUGAUUCCCACAAUAGUGAGUAUGUGGCAUCACACCUCCAGCGCCGGGCUUUUCUCACCAACUUCAAAGGCAGUGCCGGCAUCGCCGUCAUCACGCAGGAGAAGGCGCUUCUCUGGACCGACGGCCGCUACUGGAUCGACGCCGCGGAGUUCCUCUACCCCGAGUUUCAGCUCAUGAAACAGGGACAUCCCGACGUGCUGUCUAUCGAGGACUGGAUUGUGAAGGAAAUAGGCACCAGUGCGGUAGUGGGUAUCGAUCCAUACUCCUGCACCAUCGCGGAAUGGGAGCGUCUGAGCAAGAAAAUAACUCUCAAGGCUAUGGAAGAUGUAGUGAGCCCAAUGAUGUCAAGUGAGCAUGCUCCCGAGCCGUUGUAUCGACGCCCCGUGGAGUACUCCGGCGCGACCGUGGCGGAACGUCGAGCGAUGAUUGUGGCCGAACUGGAGAAACAACGCUGCGAUCUCACUGUGCUUUCAUCUCUGGACGAGGUGGCCUGGCUCACUAAUCUGCGUGGCCGGGAUGUUCCAUAUAACCCUGUUUUUUAUGCAUACGCCAUUGUGGAUAAGGCAACCCCAAAGAUUCGUGUUUAUGUCGACCUGGCAAAGGUUACCCCGACGGUGCGGGACGAAUGUGCGUCAGAGGUGGAAUUUUUCCCUUAUGAUACACUGGUGCCAACGCUACAGGAACUUCCUGAAGGGCAGGUGGUGCUUCUGGACGAGCGCCAAACGAGCCAGGCGGUGUACCACGUCCUGACGGAGCGAAACCUAUCGGUGAAGCGCGUUGGCUGCGGCUGUGUGCAGAGCCUGAAGGCCAUCAAAAACGACCGCGAGCUCGGGGGGUUUCGCGCCUGCCACGUGCGCGAUGGCGCGGCCCUCACCCAGUACCUGGCCUGGGUGUAUGAGCAGGUGGCGGUAAAAGGGGUCACCUCACUGAACGAGUAUGAGGCGGCCAAGCGACUGGAAGAGUACCGGGCAAGCGACGCGUGGUUUCUUCAGCCCAGCUUUGGUACCAUCUCGGCUGCGGGGGCCAACGCCGCGAUAUGCCAUUACGCGCCGAGCCCAACCCGCUGCGCCAUCCUCCGCAGGGACCAGCUCUACCUUGUGGACAGCGGUGCGCAGUACUGGGAUGGGACCACCGACGUCACGCGCACUAUCAGCUUCGAUAAACCGCGCGAUGAGGAGCGGGAGGCCUACACGCGGGUUCUUAAGGGGCACAUCGCCCUGAACGAAGUGAUUUUCCCUAAAGGGACUGGUGGCCACCGACUAGACGCCCUGGCGAGGCUGGCGCUAUGGCAGGUUGGUCUGGACUACCCUCAUGGUACCGGACACGGUGUUGGUUCCUUUCUUUGCGUCCACGAAGGGCCUCAUGGCAUUGGCAGUCGCCCGAUGCCCACGGGAGCUACCAUUGAUCUCCACUGUAUCGUGUCCAAUGAGCCCGGGUACUAUAAAGAGGGCAGUUUUGGAAUACGUAUUGAAAAUCUAGAGGAAAUUGUUCUGCAACCGACCAAAUACAGUGAAGACGGCUUUCUAACUCUGUCAUAUCUAACGAUGGUGCCCCUGUGCCGUGAGUUGAUCGAUGUCAAUCUUCUCACCCAACGGGAACUUGAUUGGGUGAAUGUGUACCACGCAACUGUGGUCGAUAAGCUAGAGCCGAAACUUCGGGAAAGAGGCGAUGAGCGUGCUAUUGCUUACUUGAAGCAUCACACGCAACCAAUUUGA